AUUUUCCAAUACGUACUAAUAUAAUGAGACUUUCCAUUGUUUGUAUUGGUAAAGCAUGCCAGUAAAGGUUUUCCGAUUUUCUCACAGAAUCUAACUCUUUCAUACACAUUGUUAUCUAGAAAGGAGAUGGUAUUGGAUUGGCUUUUGUGAUAUUAAAGAUUAAUUAUAGAUUUAUUUUCCAUCGAUACGACCGAAAGUGCCAAUGCUUGUUGUAAAUUUGAAGAAAACAUACCACAUCGGGAAAUUAAAUAUGUCACUUAUUCUUCGUCUGACUGGUUAUUAAAGUUAACAAUGACACUUACUUUGACUUUUUCAAAGCAGUUGAAUUAAAUAGCUAGUAAUCUGGGAAGUGCUACUGAAUAGUGGACUAGUUAACAUUAUCCUGGAAAAAAUAACAGAUAUACAUGUAUAUAGCAGCAUAGAUUACACUUCAAUAUGACAGCAGCCAGCAUCCUAGCAUUGACAUUGAUAUUCAUUUAUUUUAUAGACUCGGAAGCUGUUUAUUUUGCCCACCGGAAACCUGAAUUGUGUUUGCAUAUACCGUCGACAACUGGAACAAUAGUUGGCAGAGUGUAUGCCUAUCCAAGAGCAAACGAAGAAUGUGGAAUAUCAGCCGACCACCCUGACGCCAUAAUGUAUGACGUCGUAGGAGACAAUUCUUUGUUUGCAAUAAAUUCUACGGGAUUCAUUUAUUUAAAAGAAAGUCUUCCACAAAAUGCCACAGGCCCAGUUUCAUUUGAAGUAUCCGCAUCAUGUAAAGACAAAGACGAUGUUGUUGUAUCGAGCGUUACCAUGGUAACAGUAAACUUUCAUGAAACAGAGGAGGAUUCUCAGCUCGCCACAAACCAGAUAGUACCUGAUCAAUUAACUAUUGAACGCAUCUGUUUCUCCCAUCUCUCUGCUGAUUCAACAUUUGUUGUGGAAGAAAAUGUGAAAGAUAUAGUGAUAGGACGAUUGAACACCUGCUGGCAAGACCUUAAAUACGAAAGAAAUUACAGGAUAGAAAAACCGAAAAGUCGGUUUAGCAUUGACCCUAUAACAUCUGAGGUAACGCUUAUAAAACAGCUGGAUAGGGAAUCACUGGGUGAUAACAAAGGUCAACCGGACAGCAUUUCCGGUAUUCAACCAUUAAAGAUUACAUGUGAAGUAAAAAUUGAUGACGUAAUAUACCCGUCAAAUAGACAUCGAAUAAACAUAACCGUACUUGAUGUUAAUGACAACCCACCACGUUUCCAUCAUCACAAUGGACUGCAACAUAUAAGUAAAUAUGUCGAAAUUCAGAAUGGAACAAAGCCCCAGUCCUUGGACAUAAUUGAAGAGAUAGUAGAAGAUAUGGACGCUGAGAGUGACACGAUCUCCAAUCAUGUGGUGAAAACUAUAACAGAUGAGCUAAAUGUGUGCAAAACAAAUCUUCACUGCGUACGUCCUCAACUUGCAAAAUUAGUCUGCAGAUUGCGUAUUCAUCUAGAGAACAUUGACUACAUUACUGACACUCUGUACAAAUGUGAAAUAGCUGUUGUUGAUGAGAAUAUGAUUCAAUCUGAUUCCAAGAUGAACAAUUCGGCUACGGUUGUUAUAAACAUACACAAGCCGUUAGAUGACUCUCCUCCAUCUAUGUCUUUUAAAUCGACACUGGCGUUAUCAUUUUUCAGGAAUGCAACACGUCUUGCAAGGUUACACACUAUCAAUGGUGCCGGGGAGAUUAGCACUAAAUAUACACUUCGAGAUGAAAUCUUUGGUAUAACCCCAAGGUCUGGCAUCAUUUAUGUUGAGAACACAGCUGCCCUUGCCGCCGCACCUUCCAGACAUUCAAUGACUGUUGUAGUUCAUGAUGGACCUAAUAUUGCAAUUGAUGUUGCUUUACAGGGAAGCGGUAGAAACUCCAUAUCAUGUGAUGAAGGUUGUUCAGUACAUGACUCCACUCAGUCAUGUUCCGGGGCAUGUGGCGUUGGGCUUACUUCUGGAGGAUGUGUAAUGCGUGGAAGUGAAAGAAAUCCGCGCAUGUCAAAAAAUUAUGGUACAUGCACUCAUGAAAUUGCAACGUGUCCCAAUCUGGUGUGUGAUGAGCUUGAAAACAGAUUUCCCCACCUUUGUCCACAAGAUUGUACUACCGAGGUAUCAGGGGCUUAUUUGUUAGGAAAUCCUCGCGGUAUUAUGAUGGCUGAGAGCCCUUGCUGGUGUGAAGAAGACAAUGGGAUUUACUGUACAUGUAUGCCACCACACGAACCGAAACCUGGUUUCAAUGUUAAUACAACUGUUAAGAAUGGACUAGAAGCCCCUGAUCCUGUACAAUCAGACAGACCAAGUGUAGCAACGUCAAAGAUAUCUACAGAGAAUGAUAUGAGAUAUGACUUCGAAAAGACACCUAAAUCAAUAAUACCACAGUCCGUGACGCAGAUUGAGAAUGAGACUUAUCAUACCGAUACCAUAGCUCUUGUGACUGACCAGCCACCUAUUUGUGAUAAGGUGUGUGGAGUAGCUAUAGGUGUAGGUAUAACCAUGUUUUUCCUGAUAACGUUUUCACUGUUCAUGCUGUGGUUCACGAAGAAGAAAAACGACAGACGGAAAACAAACAUGAAGCACGUGGGAAGUGUAGUGUCUAUAUCUGGAUUACCUUCUGACUACCAGGAUGAACGUGAAAGAAGACUUUCUUACUCUUCUGAUCAUUGGUCACAAAAAGGUCCCAUCUAUUCUACACAAAUCCAGUACAUGUACGAGGAUAGCGAGCGUUGGGAGAUUCCUAGAGAUUCGUUAACACUAGAGAAAACUCUCGGAGAGGGUGAAUUUGGCCUUGUUGUUAAAGCUAGAAUGACAAGUGAAGAUCAGGGUGUCCGUAAUGUGGCAGUGAAAAUGUUAAAACAUUGUUCAACGCAGUUGGAAGAGCAAGAUUUAUGGUCAGAAUAUAACCUUUUGAAGGACGUUAGUCACCCAAAUGUUGUUCGUCUGGUUGGCGCGUGCACUGUUGACGGGCCUUUUUAUCUGGUGGUUGAAUUUUGUCAACAUGGAUGUCUGUUGAAGUAUCUUCGUCGGAGCCGUCUAGAAGAGAACGGAUACGUGAAUUCUGCUGUUAGAUUGAAGUCUCCCAACGUAAAGGAACAAACAGACCCGGAAUUAAAUGGGGACUUGCUCAGUAUGCGGGAUCUGCUCUCCUUUGCAUGGCAAAUAGCCAAAGGCAUGAGUUAUCUAAGCGAAAUAAAGUUGGUUCAUCGAGAUCUAGCCGCUCGAAAUAUCCUCGUUGCUUCUGGUAAAGUGUUAAAAAUCUCAGACUUUGGACUCACCCGUGAUGUGUAUGAGGCAGAUACAUAUCUCAAAAAGAGCAAAGGCAGAAUACCGGUAAAGUGGCUUGCACCAGAAUCUCUGUAUGCACAGAUAUACACCACCAGAAGUGACAUCUGGUCGUAUGGUAUCGUUUUAUGGGAGUUGGUGACACUUGGAGCCCCACCAUACCCUGGUAUACCCCCUGAAAGAUUGUAUAACUUGUUGAUUGGAGGAUAUCGUAUGGAUCGACCAGAAAAUUGUCAAGAUGAAAUGUAUGCAGUGAUGCAGAAAUGUUGGAAAAUUGACGCCGCCGACAGACCUUCCUUUGCAACAUUAGCCAAAAUAUUUGAUAGAAUACUGCAAGAGAAAACGGGUUACCUUGACUUAUCACAGAACAAUAUUCGGAUAUCAGAUCUGUACAACAAGUGUUUCAACACAAACUAUAUAGAGAAAGAUGAGGAAAAGGAAAUUCUUGAAAGGGGAGCGCUGUGA